ACAAAACUCAAACAAGAACAAAACACAAACACAAGUACUUUUAUAUCUAAAAGACAAGUUACAAAGAUGGCACCUGAGAUCAAUACCAAACUCACCACCGGACCGGUCAUCCCAGCCACCGCUUACGGUGGAGAGAAGAGGGCUUACGUGACGUUUCUUGCCGGAAACGGUGACUACGUGAAAGGAGUGGUGGGUCUUGCUAAGGGUUUAAGGAAAGCUGAGAGCAAGUAUCCACUUGUGGUGGCGGUUUUGCCCGACGUACCGGAGGAUCACCGGAAGCAACUGGUGGAUCAAGGCUGUGUUGUUAAGGAGAUAGAGCCGGUUUACCCACCGGAGAAUCAAACCGAGUUUGCUAUGGCUUACUAUGUUAUCAACUACUCUAAGCUUCGUAUAUGGAAGUUUGUGGAGUAUAGCAAGAUGAUAUACUUGGAUGGAGACAUACAAGUGUUUGAAAACAUCGAUCACUUGUUUGAUCUACCUGAUGGCCAAUUCUAUGCGGUCAUGGACUGUUUCUGCGAGAAAACAUGGAGCCACUCACCACAAUACAAGAUUGGUUAUUGCCAACAGUGUCCAGACAAGGUAACAUGGCCAGAGGCUGAGCUUGGUCCUAAGCCGCCUUUGUACUUCAACGCUGGUAUGUUCGUUUACGAGCCAAACCUCUCCACUUAUCAUAAUCUCUUGGAGACUCUCCAAGUCGUGCCUCCCACUCUUUUUGCUGAACAGGAUUUCUUGAAUAUGUACUUUAAGGACAUAUAUAAGCCAAUACCAUCAGCUUAUAACUUGGUCUUGGCCAUGCUUUGGAGGCAUCCAGAGAAUAUAGAGCUUGACCAAGUCAAAGUUGUUCACUAUUGUGCUGCUGGUGCUAAGCCUUGGAGAUUCACCGGAGAAGAAGAGAACAUGGAUAGAGAAGACAUCAAGAUGCUGGUCAAGAAAUGGUGGGACAUUUACAACGACGAGUCUCUUGAUUACAAGAACAUUAUUGGAGAUGGCUAUAAGAAACAACAGACAUUUCAGCAGUUCGUCGAAGCUUUGUCCGAAGCUGGUGUGCUUCAGUACGUUAAAGCUCCAUCUGCUGCUUAGAGACAUUAUGAUUAUCAAGCUUGUUGUUACGCUUCUUUGCGACUAUAAGAAAAUAUAUUUUCUUAGUUUGAUGAAACUUGUUCAUAGAACCAUCUAUAUAGUUAUAUACUAUAUGAGAUUGUGUUACUAUCUUUAUUUUAUUUUUAUUUUUUUGGUUUCGGAGGAGUUUUUAAAUCUCCAAUUCCGUUUUUACUUACGUACGAUACUAGCUUGUUGAGGAGGAAGAAACAAUGUUUCCUACUAUAUUGUAAAGUAUAUUUACUAUACAUAACCAUACGUGUUUAAUUACAUUUCUAUUGUUCAUUUGCUCUU